UCCACUGCCCUGCUGGGUUUUGUCCUCCGUCCCAGAAUUGCUUUCUCCUCCUUCUCCUUUUCACUUCUGCUCGCCAGAGCUGUAGGCAUCGUUUUCUUUCAUUCUUUUACAUAAAAGAUCGAUCUCAUGUCUUACUACGGUCACGAGCCUUACUUCCUCGAAGCGUGCUUUCUUUGCCGGAAACCUCUUGGUUGCAACUCUGACAUCUUCAUGUACAGAGGGAAUACCCCGUUUUGUAGCAAAGAGUGCAGACAAGAGCAGAUAGAGAUGGAUGAGUCGAGGAAGAAGAAGAACUGGAAACUGUCCUCUUCUUCUAGUAGAUCUCUGAGGAAAUCGGAGGCAGAGGAGAAUUCCCCCAAUAAAACUGUACGGACAGGCACAGUUGUUGUUGCUUAAGGAAUACUAAUUAACUAGGCCACAAGCGGCUAAGCCAAUUUAGAAUUUUCAUAAUCCAAUGUAAAAGAAUUGCGGAUGUUCAUUCUUCUUCAUCUGUAAAGAAGUAAUGAGUGAUGGGCGGGGGCUAAUUAAGCUUUGAGAGAUGGAAAGGAAGCAAGGCCCAUCGCUUUUUUUUUUUUUUAAUUAUCUUUUUUUAUUUAAAUUGGUGGUUGAAAUGUUCAUAAAGAUGGAUGUGGAUGGAUAUUUUGUAUUGCCGAAGGAAAAUUCUGAGGCUGUGAAAUCAAAAAGAGCGUCGAUCCAUUAUUUUGUCCA